CCUCACGGCCGAAGAUCUCUUCCUUCCACAACCUUUCAAUCAGCAGGGCCGCGAUAACGAUGCCGCCGUUUUUUGACAGAUCGCAACUGCAGACUGCGAUAGCGGCGCGCGCCCUUCCAGCACUCGAACUGCUUGCCGAACAGCCGAACCGGCUUGAACGAUCGCUCAACAACCGCUUUGAGCGCGAUGAUCCGCCGCCUUACGAGUCGUCGAGCGAAUCCGAAGCGGAAGAAGCACUGCGUCACCCAAUGUUCAGGCGGUCCGAAGACGACGCUCUCGAAGAGUUCAAAGACCUAGUUAGCCAACCCGCGACAUCCCAUCAGCCGGGCAAUGCAGCUCCGCGACAACCUGGCGUACGGCGAGCACGCCACGCCUCCUCCACGCUCCUCUCUUGGGGAUGACGCUUCUGCCACCGAGUCCGAGUCAUUUAUAAUCUCAAGACCUUGGUUCAUGUACUGGGCCGAGAGCUUCGAAUUCAUGACUAGGAGUCACCGAAUUCCUUGGGACCGACGAGGACACCACGAACCGGAACAAGAGAGCCGGGUGGAAAGAUGGUGGAAAGAACGGGGAGAGUGGAAAAGCGACUGGGAGGUACCGGGCUGGAAGUGGCGCCACGAGAGCCCGUCGCCGGAGCCAGAAGACCUGUCGCCCCUUAUCACCGACGACAUGGACUUCACACCUUCCGAAGUCGAUGCCCUUGAAGCCGUUCCGCCACCGUCGCCGCCACCCCCCUGGUAUAUGCGAUCUAUCCUGCCGGAGUACGCUGCAAAUGACCUUUCGCACCAGUCUUUCAUUUUCCAGAACGGCGACGCGGACCGGUUUCCUGACCACGAUAUACCCAACCACGACAUUGCUCCGCUGGACGCAGCCGCUGACGCGGCGGCCGAGCCCGAAGACCAACCCAUCCAGGAUGCGGAGCCACAGCCCCCCAACCCGCUUCCCCGUCGCCGUGGACGUCCACGCAAACAAAACCAGCCGGCACAGGUUGCGCCAGCGCCGCUACAAGCACCCCGGCGAAGCGCCCGGAUAGCUGCAAUAGCCGCCAACUUAGUACCGGCAACCCCUACGGUCACGACAGGUCGGAAAGCGAGCAAACGCCCCUCAAGAGCCGUUCCCGCCGCCCCACCACCCCGCAACACGCGGUCGACUGCGGACCCUCCGAAAAAGAGAGGCCGUCCACGGAAGACGCAGGACGCGGGCAUCGCAAAAGCGGCUGCUUCCCAAAGCAAGAGGGCGAGGAAGCCCAGCGGCGCGACAGGCACAGCGGCAAAGAAGACGGUCGCGGCUAUCGUGGAUGCGAGAGAAGGGCGGCGGCGCGCCAGCGGAUGUGAAAAGGGGAGCGGUCGUCCCAGGAAGACGCAGCUAGCCGGUUACUGAUGACUGAAUGAUGA